AUGUCCCUCAGCGAUGAUGCUGCUCUUGAAGCAACGUUGGAUGCAAUCCUCGACAACUCUGCACCACUCAACUUGACUGGCAAAAUCAUUGUGGAUACCUCCACCGUCCAUCCUCUGUCGUCCGCGAAAUCAAGAGACCGUCUGGCAGACAGAAGUGCAAACCUUGUCGCAGCACCUGUUUUUGGCGCAAGCCCUGUGGCUGCAGAGGGAAAACUACUGUGGAUCAUCGCCGGACCUCAUGAUGCAGUGGAGAAUAUUAGCCCAUUCAUCGUCGGCGUCAUGGGAAGGGGUAUUAUCCGGCUCGGCGAAGAUGUGCAGCAGUCUGGUAUAAUGAAGACAGCUGGAAACUUUAUGACAGCCGGGAUGAUGGAACUUGUUGCUGAAGCCCACGUGUUUGCCGAGAAGACUGGACUUGGUACGGAGGCGAUGGAGAAUCUUAUCGAACAGCAGUACGGGCCAUUGGCUCUCUCAAUGUCAAGACGCAUGACGUCAGGCGCUUACAUGCCAUCACAGGGCGAGAGACCCUGGUCGGAUCUGACACUGGCUUUGAAAGACGUUGGCCAUGGCAUUGACUGUGCUGAGAGAGCUGGCGCCCGACUUGAAGUUGGUGAGGUCGUUUUCAAACAUCUUUCAGAGGCGACAAGGUACUCGGACGGUGAAAGAAGGCCACUUGACUCCUCAUCCAUGUAUGGGGUCUUAAGAAUGGAGUCUGGGUUAUCAUUUGAAACUCAACUCGUCAAGACGAGAGAUAGCUCUCGAGUAUAG